AUAAAUUUGUAUUUUCGUGAUUGCAUGUGUUUAUAUCGAGUGUUGAUAAGAGAUAAGCGAAGGAGUGACUUGUGUCUUAAUAAAUGCUAUUGGUUUCCCGUAUACGAAUGUAAAAUGUGAUGUGAUAGGAAGUUUAGUGACGGUCACUUUUUACUAUUUAUUACGAAUCGAGGUCACGGUCUCAAACUAAAUGAGUGAUGAACCGGCCAAGCAGUCACGCCCGCUGCGUCGGCAGCGCUCCAUCUACCAAGUGCACUACGCGCUCCCUCGAAGGACUACUGAGGACAUGGCCACUCCUCUGCUGACACCGUGCGGGAGUCUCGCACUCCAGGCUUUCGGGCUGCAAGUCGCGGGACAUAGGAAGAGCGAGGACACUAAGUUCACAGGGCUCCUCCAAUGCAACGGAACAGUUCUCAAGCCCAUCUUGAAAGAGUCGCAGAAGCGCGAGGUGGAGUUCUACACGAGGAUCAAGGCUUCCUCCGACCCUGAGCUGGUGGAGCUGCGCAGCUUCGUGCCCAAGUACUACGGCUGCAGGAAGUUCACGUAUAGAGGCUUCGAGCAGGACUAUAUCAUCCUGGAGGACCUCACGCAGAGGAUGCUGGAACAGUGCGUCAUGGAUGUUAAGAUUGGCAAAAGAACCUGGGACCCGCUCGCCUCGGAACAAAAGAUCAAGUCCGAGCAGAGCAAGUACGCCGCGUGCAAGCAGCAGUUCGGCUUCUGCAUCCCCGGCUACCAGGUGCACAAGCUGGCGUCCGGCAAGCUGCUCAAGUUCGGCAAGGACUACGGCAAGAAGCUGCACGGACGCAUGGUGAGAGAGGCCAUCCGUAACUACCUGAACGGCAUCGGAGCGCCGCUGUGCCGCGCGCUCAUACUUCAGUUCCUGACUGAGCUAUGGAAGAUACAGAAGUGGGCGCGAAGGCAGACGUCUGUGAGAUUGUUCUCAACGUCGUUACUGUUGGUGUAUGACGCGACUAGACUUCGGGAGUGCUGUGGGGAAACUGACGACACGCUCGUGUCGCGCGCGUCAUGCCGGCCGCCCCUGCCGCGUCGGCGGCGCUCCAUCCACUCUCUGCACGCGGGCGCGGGAGGCGGCGGCCUGCGCGGGCAGCUGUCGGCGCGCGGGCCGGUGUACAAGGCACUCGCCGCCGUGCCGCUCAGCCCUAUGGCCGCCGCGCAGGCCACCUUCGCCCCGCCUCCCGCCAUCAAGUCGUCCUGGACCGAAGCUCUCGACAAACUCAACACAAACCAUUCCUUCGAGCACAACUACGAAGACAAACUCUCCAAGAUCAAGAUGAACUACCGCGCAAUGCUGGACGAGCUGUCCAGCGACGAGCCCAAUCCCCACCCGUGGGGCACCGUGAAGAUCAUAGACUUCGCCCACGCCUUCUUCAACGACGAAGAAGACGAAUGCGCCGUCGAUGAAAACUUUAGACAAGGCAUCGACAGUUUUGUCGAGAUUUUCGAAGAUUUCCUCAAGGAGACCGAAGAUCAGCUUUCUUGACCUGACGAUACCGACUCAAUGGGAGCAGCAAAAUAAGGCUAAAUUCCAAGAUAUGUUUUGACAACUAAUUUGGCUUCAAAAUAGGUUUUUAACUAACAAAUUAGGCACUACCUCCAUAAAAAGUCUAGGAAUUUAGAUUUUUUUAAUUCGGAUUUUAUUGCUCAAUGUUGGUACUGGUGAUUAGAUCACUUGUUAGGUAGUGCAGAUCCUAUUAUUUAAGUUAUAAGUGAUAUGUAAGUUCCAGUUAAAUUGUUUGAUAAAACGUUCUGUUAAAACAA